AUGGACUUGGGAAACGAAACCAACAUCUCUCAACCCUACACCCAAGAAGACGGCGACCCCAAGCACCUCGGCUUCAUCUACGCCAACAUCAUCGGCCUCCGCUACUGCUCUGGCCCCGUCCGCGCCCGCCAGAUGGUCGCCUUCCUCCGCGAACCUCUCCAUCCCCACAGCCCCAACGCCAUCAAAGUCCUCAACACCCGCUCCGUCCAGGUCGGUUACAUCGAUUGGACCGUCGCCGACGCACUUUCCCCUCUCAUCGACUCCGAACUCAUCACCGUCAAGGCCUUCGUCCCCAACCGCCGCUCCAAGACUGACCGCUCCCUCAGCUUUUUCGCUCUUUGCCGUAAAAAAAAAAAACCCGCUGAUUCGAGGUUCAAGAGUGUGGACGAGAGAUUGACGGCGAAAGAGCGUGUCUCUCGCGAGCUGGAGCCUCCGGAGAGCGUUGUGAGGUUCCUCGGCUUCAUCAACGCCAACAUCAUCGGCCUCGGCCAUUGCUCCGGCGCUGUCCACGCCCGCGAGAUGGUCGCCUUCCUCCGCGAACCUCUCCAUCCCCACAGCCCCAACGCCAUCAAAGUCCUCAACACCCGCUCCGUCCAGGUCGGUUACAUCGAGUGGACCGUCGCCGACGCACUUUCCCCUCUCAUCGACUGCGAACUCAUCACCGUCGAGGCCAUCGUCCCCAACCGCCGCUCCAAGACUGACCGCUCCCUCCUCUGCCAAAUCCACAUCUUCGCCCCUCUCCCUUCUUUCCCCACUGUCACUCAGCUCAUCUCCGAACGCGGCCUCCACCUCAUAACCCGAAACGACGCCUCCUUUAAGAUAUCGGUCGUUACUGUCAAAGAAACCCCCGCUGAUUCGAGGUUCAAGAGUGUGGACGAGAUUUUCAGGCGAUUUGGCGAGAGAUUGACGGCGAAAGAGCGUGUCUCUCACGCGCUGGAGCCUCCGGAGAGCGUUGUGAGGUCGAAGCUCAUGGAGCACCAGAAGGAAGGGUUGUGGUGGCUACUCAACAGAGAGGAAAGCAAGGAGCUUCCGCCGUUUUGGGAGGAAAGAGAAGGGGGCGAGUUCGUCAACGUAUUGACCAAUUCCAGCACGUGCUUAAAGCCAGAGCCUUUGAGGGGAGGGAUCCUGGCCGAUGAAAUGGGGCUCGGAAAGACUCUCACUUUGCUCUCUCUUAUUGCCCUUGAUAAGGAUUCCGGUGAGAGGAAGGGAAAGAAGAGAAGAAAGAUUGAAAUUGGGGAGAGCAGUGCAACGCUUGUAGUGUGCCCUCCCCCUGUGUUUUCGACUUGGAUUUUGCAAUUGGAGGAACACAUUGUGCCUGGUUCACUGAGGACUUACAUGUAUCAUGGUGACAAGAGGGCUAAGAAUGCUGAGGACCUCAUGGAUUAUGAUUUGGUGCUCACUACUUACUCUACACUCGCCGUGGAGGCGGAUGACCCCCACUCGCCGGUGAAGAAGGUGGUCUGGAGGAGGAUCAUAUUGGAUGAGGCUCACGGUAUCAAGAAUUCAUAUGCCCAGCAGAGCAAGAUGGUUAUUAGUCUCAAUGCCAAGAGGAGGUGGGCUGUCACCGGCACACCUAUUCAUAAUGGCUCCGUGGACUUGUUUUCACUCGUGGCUUUCCUGCAUUUUGAGCCCUUCUCCGAAUAUGGCUAUUGGCGCAGCCUCGUGCGACGGCCUCUCAGUCAGGGCCUUCCGAGCGGCCUCUCACGCCUGCAGGUUUUGAUGGCGGCAAUUUCGUUAAGAAGAACAAAAGACAAAGGAUUGUUAGGCCUGCCACCAAAAACUAUUGAGACUCAAUAUGUUGAACUUAAUUCAGAAGAACGUGAACUGUAUGAUCAGGUGAAAGAGCAUGUGACGCGUUCCAUGAAUUUUACUUUUUUCAUUGGAGUUAAGAGUUCUGCUUAUGCGCUAAGUAUGCUUUUUCAUCUUUGCCAAAUAUGUACUGAUUUAGCAUUGGUCCCUAAUGAUCUCGCAACCACAUUCUGUUCAACUAAUAUUGAAGAAGCUUCCAAUAACCCGCAGUUGUUGCAAAAGUUAGUUGAGAUGCUGCAAGACGGCGUAGAUUAUGAGUGCCCAAUUUGCACUUCUCCUUCAGCAGACAUCAUUAUCACCCGCUGUGCUCACAUCUUCUGCCGAGUCUGUAUUCUGACAUGUCUACGAUCCAGAAAUUCCUGUUGUCCUCUUUGCCGUCAAGCCCUAUCUGGAUCUGACUUGUUCUCAGCCCCACUCGAGCCUUCUAAAGCUGAAAGUACCGCUUCAUCCUCAUCAUGGGAUAAAAAGUUAUCUUCCAAAACAUCUGCUUUGAUAAAAUUUCUUAAAGAAUCAAGAGAACAGAAGCCAGCAGCAAAGUCAGUAGUGUUUUCACAAUUUCGCAAGUUGUUGGUGUUAUUGGAAGCACCUUUGAAGGAGGCUGGUUUCAAGGCUUUGCGCAUUGAUGGCUCAAUGACUCCUAAACAGAGGGCUAACGUUAUUGAUCAAUUUCAAGGCACUAAAGAAAAUGCACCAACCAUUCUGCUUGCAGGCCCUGUGCCUUCAGGUGCAGAAAUAAAUCUCACUGCUGCCACCAUGGUGUAUUUCAUGGAGCCAUGGUGGAAUCCAGCUGUCGAGGAACAGGCCAUGAAUUGCAUCCAUCGUAUUGGACAGAAAGAGGCUGUGAAGAUUGUUAGAUUGGUUGCUCGGGACAGCAUUGAGGAAAAGAUACUGAUGUUGCAGGAGAAGAAGAGAGAACUAGCAAGAAGUGAUUUUGGUCAAAUCAACGAUAAAGAUCUAUGUUUCCUUAUGUCCGAGUAAUGAUGGUUCCAUUGGUACUUUCCUUCCUUUGCUUUGCUACGUUUUGUCUCUUCUAACUUUUUACAUUGGCACCCUAUAGUUAAUUAUGUUCGUUGAUUCUUUUUGGGAUCAACAUCCUCUGACGGAGGUUGGUAAAGUAGCGAAGUGAGGAAUUAAUUAUUCUUAUAUUGAGGAAUUAAUUAUUCUUAAAUUGAGAUAA